AUGGCAUCAACUAUGAAGGCCGUCAACUAUGCCGGACCAAGCUCUGUCAAGGUCUCGGAGGUUGAGAAGCCCAAGCUAGAACACCCAGAUGAUAUCAUUGUCAAAGUAACGACGGCUGCGAUUUGCGGUUCAGAUUUGCACAUGUACGAAGGAAGGACCGCCGCGGAGCCUGGCAUCACAUUUGGCCAUGAGAACAUGGGAACUGUGGAAGAGCUGGGCGAGGGCGUGACGCUGCUAAAGAAGGGCGACCGUGUCGUGAUGCCGUUCAACGUUGCCGACGGACGAUGCCGCAACUGCGAGGAGGGCAAGACGGCUUUCUGCACUGGUGUGAACCCUGGAUUCGCCGGAGGUGCUUAUGGUUACGUCGCCAUGGGACCAUUCCGUGGUGGCCAAGCACAAUAUCUUAGAGUUCCGUAUGCCGACUUCAAUGCGCUGAAAUUGCCGGCUGGCAAAGAAUUCGAGGCAGACUUUAUCCUUCUUGCAGCUCUAGAUAUCUUUCCAACGGGUUGGCAUGGAGUGGAAAUAUCAGGUUUCAAGUCUGGAGAAUCCGUGGCAGUCUUUGGCGCCGGACCCGUAGGUCUAAUGGCCGCCUAUUCCGCCGUGCUGCGCGGGGCUAGCCGAGUAUACGUCGUAGACCGCGUGCCCGAGCGCCUCGAGGCCGCCAAGAAGAUUGACUGCAUCCCCAUUGAUUUCACCAAGAGCGACGCGGUAGAACAGAUCAUUGCGGCCAACGGCGGCGAGGUCGACCGCUCGAUAGACGCCGUGGGCUACCAGGCCGUCAGCUCCAGCGGUUCUACCGAGCAGCCCAACAUUGUCCUCGAAAACAUGAUUCGUGUAACGCGCGCUUGUGGAGGUUUGGGUAUCCCAGGUCUCUAUGUUCCCAGUGACCCCGGUGCUCCGGAUGCUGCCUCCAAAAAUGGCAUGAUCAGCUUGAGCUUUGGAAAACUGUUUGAGAAAGGCCUCACUAUCGGCACUGGCCAGUGCAAUGUCAAGGCCUACAACCGGUAUCUGCGCGACCUGAUCAUUGCCGGCAAGGCCAAGCCCAGCUUUGUGGUCUCGCAUGAGAUUGAUAUCAAGGACGCCGAAAUGGCCUAUGACAAGUUUGCCAGGCGGAUUGAUGGUUAUACCAAGGUUCUCAUUCAUCCCAAUGGAGGAUUCUAG